AAGAAUGCGUGUACCGUGCUAAUAGCUUCUUUUCAAGACUCAAGCACUUCCCAAUUUAUUUGGAGAGAAAAUGGGAAUGAGGGUAGUACUUUGGUUGUGUUUGUUGCCUCUAUGCUUUGAUUUUUUACGCGCAGUUGCUGGAAGUGAAGGCAAAGAGUAUAAUCGUAACGAUUUUCCUAAGGAUUUCGUAUUUGGUGUUAGUACCUCAGCUUAUCAGGUAGAGGGAGCAGCAUUGGAGGAUGGGAGGAAGCGCAGUAUUUAUGAUACUUUUGCUCAUCGUUCAAUUUCAGGGCAUGAGAUACAAAAUCCGGAUGUAGGAUGUGAUCAGUAUCAUAAAUACAAGGAAGAUGUUCAACUCAUGGUCGAAACAGGAUUGGAUGCCUAUCGAUUUUCUAUUUCAUGGUCGAGACUAAUACCAAAUGGCAGAGGACCCGUUAACGCUAAAGGAUUAAGAUACUACAACAACCUCAUCAAUGAACUUAUCAAUCAUGGAAUUGAGCCACAUGUUACAUUAACACACACGGAUACACCACAAGUCCUUGAGGAUGAAUAUGGAGGCUUCCUUGACCCGAGGAUCAUAGAAGACUAUACAUCAUAUGUGGAUGUUUGCUUUAGAGAAUUUGGUGAUAGGGUUCGAUAUUGGACAACUUUCAAUGAGCCGAACAUCUUCGCCAUUGGUGGUUAUAAUGUGGGGAUUACACCCCCAAAUAGAUGUUCUUCACCCUUUGGAGUCAAAUGUACCGGAGGAAACUCGAGUACUGAGCCAUACAUUGUUGGCCAUACAAUACUAUUGGCUCAUGCGUAUGCUGUAAGGAUAUACAAGGAAAAGUACCAGGCCAAACAACUUGGAUUCAUCGGGAUGAAUCUCCUUUCAUACCAUUUUAGUCCUGUUACGAACAAAAGUGAAGACGUAAUUGCAGUUCGAAGAUCCAAUGAAUUUUCUAUUGGCUGGUUUAUGCACCCAUUGACAUAUGGUGAUUACCCUGAAAUAAUGAAGAAAAACGUCGGCUCAAGACUUCCGAUUUUCUCGAAAACCGAAUCCAAAUUAGUGAAGGGCUCAUUUGAUUUUAUUGGAAUUAAUUACUAUACUGUCAUGAAGAUGAAGGACAACUCCAUAAGCCACACCCAAAUGCCACGAGACUUUUAUGCUGACAUGGCAGUGGAGUGGCUAAUGGUUCCUGAUACAAGUGGAGUGUCAAAGGAAUUAAUGUAUCCUAACGAAGCAUGGGGCCUAGAGCGAGUACUGGAGCAUUACAAAGAAGUUUAUGGAAAUCCUACUAUCUUCAUCCAUGAAAAUGGACAACUGUCGAAUUAUAACACGUCGAUAAAUGAUCCAUUCAGGAUUGAGUACAUACAUGAUCAUAUUGGGAGUGUGCUUAAUGCUGUGAGAUGAGGUGACAGCUUCUAAUAGAGGAGAAUGUGAUACCGGAGAACAUUUCAAUUGUUCUUCUAGCAGCCCAACACAUUCAACUGCUUCCUCUUGCUCUUCAUCCACCAUGGAAGCAACAACACAAGAGCUUGAAUUCAAGUAACUACACGACUUAUCAACGGAAAGAGCCUUGCAUGACUGACUAUCAACAAUGGAAACAGGUUCAUAACUAAAACCUCCAGACUUGGUUACUAGUAACCCAUUAUCACAACCAUGAAAUUCUAUCUUUGAUUCAACUAAUAAUUCUUGUUUGGGUAUAUGACUAUUCCAAUCUUCCACUUUUAUAGAUGCAUCAUUUCUAAAUUUUGUUGACACAUCAAGAAAGAAGUCUGUCCAAUCAAUGUAAGACUUCCUCCCAAAUAAGUACGAGUCAGACCAUUUUUUAGCCUUAUCAAAUAUGUUUUGAGAAGCUAAUUCCAUUUUAACACCAUCUUCAAGAAUAUCAUGAAGAGUGAAAUACUUGUUACAAUUCUUUAUCCAUGUCCUAGGAUGAGACCCAUAAAAUUUUGGAAAAACAGGGUUAGGUACAUACCCAUGAGACCCGGUGGAAUUGAUCUCAAAAUCUGUAGAAGAUUGCACAGAUUCACCACCUCUUCUUGAUGCUGUUAAUUCCUUCAUCUCAACAAGAAUUUGUAGAAUCUUAUCACAUGUUUCUUCCAUUUUCCCCAUAAUCUUGAAUUGUAGUUUGGACUUGCAGAAAUUGGGUAUACAGAAAUUGGGAUCCAAAUUCAGAAAUUGAGUUUGGUUUAGUGAUCACUGUGAAGAGGAAACGAUCCUAGAAGUUUAUUGUAGCUGAUUUUGGCUAAAUUCAUUUUGGGUUUCAGCUUGACAUUUUAUCAAACACUUUGAAUGCAUGAAAAAUACUUCAAGAAUCCAGGAAAUCAAGCUAUAAUAAUGGCAGAAAAACGUGUAAAGGAUUGGAAAAUUGAGUAAUCAAUCAGUUAUACUUCUUGUUUUCAUACCAGAUUUCUAGCCCAACUAAUUUCCAGCUUCAAGAAUUGCUGACUCCAGAAUCGAAGGAUAGACUACAAUUGAGUCGAAUCACUCAAUUUGCAGUAGGUUGGCUCUGAUACCAUUGAUACAGGACCACAGGAGAACCAUCCCCAAAAGCUAGCUCAAGGGGAGGAGAACCCAUGAUCCUAUAUAAACCCCACAUCAGCCACUCAUAUGACCGAUGUGGGACUUAAGUCCCAUACCUUACAAUGAACCGUAACAUACCACCCCUCUUCGCAACCACAUGCCCUCAUGUGGCAGGCUUUGCGCUAGGCAAAGAGAGGAGGUUCCUAGCCCCGGACGAGCACCGACGUCACCUCCAUCGGUCACAUGUGGUGCUAGGAGUGGUGGUCGGCUCUGAUACCACUGAUGCAGGAGACUAGCUUUACUUCGGGAUAUUCUUCAGUGAUGAAGAUUGAUGAUGAUGGAAUGUAGAAGAUGAGUUGAGGGAGAAGAGAAAUCAGGGAAUUCAGAAAAGAAAGAGAGAGAAUCACAGAGAGGACUAAAGAGAGAAGUAGGAGUUUUUCCUUAUUUCUUGAAUGACUCAUACAAUCUGAUAUCUAGCUUAUUUAUACAACCAAACUAAACAAACCACUCUAACUUUGCUAACAACCUAUAUAACUACUUUAGACUAACUGACUUAUAUAUCAGGUAUCAAGUUAGCUCCCCUAACAUAAAACUCUAAUUUGUUCUUCUGUAUUGGGAUUAAUUUUGAAUAUUUUAUUUGAUUUUGAUCUUAUAAUUUGUGUUACCUCAUUUUAAAAUUGGUGUUUUGGGUAACUAUGGAGUUAGCAGAAAAUGAUACAGGAGGGAGGAAGAAGAACAAGAGUGGAAAAUCUCAUUUCGUCCAAAUGAGAAAAAAAAAAAUUAAAUGAGCAAAAAAGUAAUUUAAAUGAGCAAAAAAAUUCAGAUGAAAAAAUUCUUAUAUUGACCGUACGUAUGGACGCUUCAGAUUCCUUCUCAUUUUGCUCAUUAUGGGUGUCUUCUCAUUUGAGUAUAUAUAUAU